AGUCUACAUCCCGUACACGACCUUUGUGUUGGAAAAUGUGAGCGUGGUUUCCAGCUUUUGGAAGCCCCGGUGGCCCUUACGAAAUCACGGGUGCUGGAGAUGCAGGAGAGCCAUGGAGAUGGAGCAAUUGACCUUCCGUGAUGUGGCCGUUGACUUCUCUCCGGAUGAGUGGGAAUGCCUGGACCCUCCUCAGCAGAGGCUGUAUAGGGAUGUGAUGGUAGAAAACUACAGAAACCUGGUCUCUGUGGCUCUUUCUCAUCAUUGUACCCAGAACUUAUCACCAGAACAGAUCCUAAAAUAUUCCUUCCCAAAAGUGACUAAUGGAAGUGACAGCCUUAAACAUUUAUACGUAAGGGAAGACUUUGCCAAUGUAGAUGAGAAUAAAGGAGCAGCCUGCCAUGAUAGACAUAAGCAAUGUCUGAUCACAAGCAAUACCAAAGACAACAAAGAUCAAGAACAGAAAACAGAUCUGGAAAAAACUCAUGCUAGGCCAGAUACUUUUGAUGAGCCAUGUGUCUAUAACUGUAAAUAUCCACAGGAAAUUCUUCAGCAUGACUUAACUUUGAAAGAAAGUUGGGAAGAUCUGAUAGAUAGAUUAUUGUUUCACUCAAACAAUUCCAUAAACAAAGAAUUAAGAAACCGAGGACUGAUCUCUAAAAGUGAUCAAGUCCAGUCUUCCUAUCCUGAAAGAUCCUUACUCUUCAGUCAGCAAAUACCUGUCUCCUGUGGCCAAGAGCACAAUUCUAGUGAUUGGGGAUUGCCUGCUACUGAUCCGUUACUGCAUAGCCAAAAUCUAGUUACAGAUGUUUGGGAAGCCCCUUACAUGUAUAAGGAAACUAGCAAAGCUUUUAGUAGUGGAUCUUUACUAAAUAGUUGCAACGAUGUGGAUAUCUUAGAGAAAUCUGGUCAGUGUAACAAAGUACAUAAUGACUUUGACCAUUGCUUGAGUGCCAACAAGCAUCAAUGUACUCUUCCAGAGAAGCUUUUCAAUUGUGAUAAUUUCUUUAUUCAAUGUUCAAAGCUUACUAUUCAUCAAUAUAACUAUAUUCAAGAUAAUCAUUACAAGGAUGUAGAUUGUGACACAAUGUUUAAUAAAACUUUAAAUGUUACUACACGUAGAAGUCAGCAUUCCCAGAAAUCCUACAAAUGUAAUGAAUGUGGCAAAGCCUUUAAAUAUUGCUCAAGUUACAGAAAACACAGCAUAAUUCACACAGGAGAGAAACCCUUUAAAUGUAAAUUAUGUGGAAAAUCCUUUACCCAGUGUGCAAGCCUUAAAAAACAUCAGAGAAUCCACACUGGAGAGAAACCCUACAAAUGUGAAGAAUGUGGCAGAAGCUUUAACCACUACUCAAUUCUUGGUCAGCACCAGAGGAUUCACACAGGAGAGAAACCUUACAAGUGUAAGCAGUGUGGGAAGUCCUUUACUCAGUGUUCAAGCCUUCAGAAACACCAAGUGAUCCACACUGGAGAGAAGCCCUAUAGAUGUGCAGAAUGUGGCAAAUCCUUUACCCAAAACUCAACCCUUAGUCAACACCAGAGAAUUCAUACUGGAGAAAAACCCUACAAAUGUGAACAGUGUGGAAAGGCCUUUACUCAGUGUUCAAGCCUUAGAAAACACCAGAGAAUUCACACUGGAGAGAAACCCUACAAAUGUGAAGAAUGUGGCCGAGCCUUUAACUGCCGUUCAUCUUUUACUAAACACAAGAGAAUUCACACAGGAGAAAAACCUUAUAAAUGUAAAGACUGUGACAAAGCUUUUAUCCACUGCACAAACCUUAUUCAGCACCAGAGAAUCCAUACAGGAGAGAAACCAUACAAAUGUAAUGAAUGUGGGAAAUCCUUUAGUCAAUGUUCAAACCUUAGAAAACAUGAAAGAAUUCAUACAUGAAUAAAACUAACAGAUGUACAGAAUCUAGUAAAUCUUUUAUCCAUAGACAAAA